GUCAACGCUGUAGCUGCUUUGGCUCAGUUUCUGUCGACGUGGGAAAAGCGUUGCAAGCAAAAGCAAACAACGUUCGAGCUAUGGGUGUAUGCGCUUGAGAUGUUCGCAGUGUCAUGCGAGAGGACACGUAUCCGUGAAAACAGACUGCAGCAUGUGGCUCAAACCCGAAGAGGUGCUUCUGAAAAACGCGCUGAAAUUAUGGGUGACGGAAAAAUCCAACGAUUACUUUGUGCUGCAGCGCAGACGCGGAUACGGAGAGGACAGCGGGGGAUUGACAGGCUUGCUGGUUGGCACUUUAGACACCGUUCUCGACUCCACAGCCAAAGUUGCCCCGUUCCGCAUUUUGCACCAGACGCCCGACUCUCAGGUGUACUGGAACAUCGCAUGCGGAGCAUCGUUAGAGGAGAUCUCACAGCAUUGGGACUGGCUGCAGCAGAACAUCAUCAGAACUCUCUCAGUGUUUGACUCUGGGGAAGACAUUACCAGCUUUGUCCAGGGAAAGAUAAGGGGUCUGAUAGCAGAAGAGGGCACAUCCGCAUGUGACGAGGAGGAUCCAGAACGGUUCCGGGAGGUAGUGCUACGUUUUGAGCGUCUGUUUGGUUUGCCUCAGAGAGAAAAGCUAGUGACGUAUUACUCCUGCAGCUACUGGAGAGGACGAGUCCCAAACCAGGGCUGGAUCUACCUCAGCACUAACUUCCUGUGUUUUUACUCUUAUAUGCUGGGAAAUGAAGUAAAACUGGUGUUUCCCUGGGAUGAGGUGAGCCGACUGGAACGCACUUCAAACGUGUUGCUGGCAGAGAGCAUCCGCGUGCGUGUGCGUGGAGAGGAUCAUUUCUUCUCGAUGCUCAUGCGACUCCAGCAGACGUACCUGAUCAUGCAGCAGCUGGCCGACUACGCAGUUGUACGGUUCUUUGACAAGGAAACGUUUCACGCAGAGCAUUCACUUUCCAACCCUCUACACAUCACACAGAGGGCUUUAGAAAAACAUGCACGGAACCAGUCAUUCCGAUCAUUUUUUCGGUUGCCUCAGGAAGAAAACCUCUGUGAAGUGUACGAGAGUUUCCUCUGGGUUCCGUUCAGCCACAUCAACGUUCUUGGAAAAAUCUGCGUAUCGGAGAACUAUCUGUGCUUCGCCAGUCAGGACGGGUCACAGUGUCAUCUCAUCAUACCUUUAUGGGAGGUAUUUAGUGUAGAGCUGCCGGAUCGCGGUACUCGUGCUUUGACUGUGUGUAUGCGUGGCAAGAGAGCUUUGCGGUUUUCAGAGGUUCGAGAUUUUGAACGCCUUGCCGCCACCAUCCGCAGGAAGUGUGGGUCGGCGGGAAGCCCCCAGCAUUCCUUUAUCAGUCAGGAUGAGGAGGGUGUGAUGGUGGGGCAGAGUCAAGCCGUGAGCACUGAAGCGCUCAUGAAUGUUUUUCAUCCGCACAAUGCCGAAAACCUCGACCCCAAAAUGCUGAAGGAGCGGAUGAAGGAGCAGUCAUGGCAGAUCCACUUUGCCGAAUACGGUCGUGGAACUGGAAUGUUCUGCACCAAAAAAACCCGUGAUCUCAUUGUGCGUGGAGUUCCAGAGACACUGCGAGGAGAACUGUGGAUGCUCUUCUCAGGUGCUGUACAUGACAUGACCUCUAACCCCGGGUACUACGGCCGGCUGCUGGAGGAGUGUAUGGGCAGCAGCUCUCUCGCAUGUGAUGAGAUUGAGCGAGAUCUUCAUCGCUCUCUCCCCGAGCACCCAGCAUUCCAGAGCGACACAGGAAUCUCGGCCCUGCGCCGAGUCUUGACUGGCUAUGCUCACCGAAACCCUAAAAUCGGUUACUGCCAGGCGAUGAAUAUCUUGACGUCAGUGCUGUUGCUGUAUGCUAAAGAGGAAGAGGCUUUCUGGCUGCUGGUGGCUGUGUGUGAAAGAAUGCUCCCAGAUUACUUCAACCGCAGAAUCAUCGGAGCGCUGGUGGACCAGGCCGUGUUCGAGGAGCUGAUCCGUGAGCACCUAACCCAGCUGACCGAGCACAUGACAGAUCUUUCGUUCUUCUCGUCUGUGUCGUUGUCAUGGUUCCUGACUCUCUUCAUAAGCGUGCUGCCAAUAGAGAGCGCGGUGAAUGUGGUCGACUGUUUCUUUUAUGACGGAAUCAAAGCCAUACUGCAACUCGGCCUUGCCGUCCUUGACUACAAUAUGGACAAUCUGCUGUGUUGCCAUGACGACGCCGAAGCUGUCACCAUCCUCAACAGGUUUUUUGACAAUGUCACAAAUAAAGACAGUCCCCUUCCAGCUACCGUGCAGCAGGCGUCUGCAACAGCCAAUGACAAAUCAAUACAAAAGGUUGACAUAAGUGAUCUUAUCAAAGAGGCAUAUGAGAAAUAUGGAGACAUCCGGACAGAGGAAGUGGAAAACAUGCGGAAAAGAAACAAGCUGUAUGUCAUUCAGACCCUUGAAGACACAACAAAACAAAAUGUGUUACGAGUUGUUGCUCAAGAUGUAAAAUGCAGUGCUGCUCAACUGGAUGAACUGUACAUGCUUUUUAAGAGGCAACACUUUGUAAGCUGCUACUGGUCAGUGUGUAGUCCUGCCCUACACAACCAUGACCCCAGCCUGCCAUAUCUGGAUCAGUACCAACUGGAUCAGUCCCAGUUUAGCAGUCUGUUUAACCUGCUGCAGCCGUGGACCACAGACACACAUGUGCGCUCGUUGACACGAUCGGCCUUUCAUAUUCUGGACGAGAACGGAGACGGACUGGUGAACUUCAAAGAAUUAAUAUGCGGUCUGGAUAUCUUAUACAACAGAUCGUUCACAGAAAAGCUGAAGUUUCUGUUCAAACUGCAUCUUCAGUCAGGAACACAGGGACAUACGAUUUUAAAGUCGUCUACAUUCAUUCCUCCUGCCGAAGAUCACUCUUUCUCCACUCGUCUUUCUGAAUCGACAGAGGAUGGAGUGAUCAGGAAAUGUCCGGAGAAAGGUCGCGCUAAAGUCGACCUGCAGGAAUAUCUGAAACAGUGGCAGGAAGACUUGCAGCGCAGGGAAGAGAGUAUUAAAGAUCUUCCCAGAAUUAACCAGGUGCAGUUUAUCGGUCUGACGAAGACUCUGUAUGGUGUGUUUCACGGUGACGAGGAAGAGGAGAGCCUAUACCGCGCCGUGGCACGAGUAACCAGCCUCUUGUUGCGCAUGGAGGAGGUGGGACGCAAGCUACAGGAGAGCAGUCUGCAAAAAACACCUCAAAGUACACCCACCAGCUCCCGAAGCACAGCUCAGCAGCCCGAGGUCUCCCCCAUGUCACCCAUCAGCGCUGACACACCCGCCGAGUCUGAAAACACUCACGAGCCACCCGAGUCUCCGUUCAGUCAGCACGAAACUGCCCCGUCUCACUCAGACAUUACCCCUAACUCAACCUCGCGCCCUUCUACGCCCACCAGCAGUCCUACCGGAACCAGCAGCCCCGCCUUGGACACGCCCACAGACACGCCCACCUCGCCCGGCGCUGUCAGAGAUGGAGACUGGAGUUUUUCUUUUGAGCAGGUUCUGGCGUCUCUCCUCAACGAACCGUCUGUUGUUCGCUUUUUUGAACGGGCUGUGGACACAGACGCUCUGAUUGCACAUGCCCACAAAAACCAGCUUAAAGACAAACACUGAAGAGGCACACACUAGACCAGAGCAAACACAGCAAAACACUGCCCUAAAAGCCAUAAACAUUCUUCAUUUCCCCCUUAGCUUAUUUUUUCCUUCCCGUUCUCUUCCUUUGUGUGACUUUAGUGUCAGGGUUUGUGAUGGAAAACGUUGGCACAUGCAAAUAUGCAAGAAGGGAAAAAUAGAAAAGUAUUGUGAUUUCACAUUAUUCAGACUCGAUGGUCUGAGGAUGGGUGUAACGGAGAUUUAAUGCAGAUGACAGGUGCGAGGUAUUGUUAUGUAAUUGGUGUUAGAUGUUAUAGAUGUAACAUAGUUCACCUUUGUGUUAUACGAUAUUGGGGAUAAAGGUGUUAUGAUGUAAUCAAGAUGAUUGUAUAAGAUGUCUAAUGCAAACAAUGACUUUUAGAUAUUAUGAUGUAAUGUAACUGAAGGACAGGAGGGAAUCGUGAUGUAAUAUAAACAGCACGUUUGAUUUGGGAUGAUGGCAUGCGUGGAAUGUUUUAGGCUUUGCCUGAUUUAUACAUUGAGUAACCUCCUUGAGUAAUUCCUUGAGUUCACACGCACAUGCUCAACACCUUACCUUCUCUCCCAGCCUGAUCUAGCACACGUAUAUGCACAUAUAGGAAUUACAUUCAACAUAGAAUGAGAGAAGGAAAAUACUAUGCUGUUGAACUGCAAAAAAACAGAAUAAAAGCUUUAAAAAAUUGUUCAAAAAAUACUGAUAAAAAAAAUCGUCCGUUCUAAAAAUGUCGCCUUACAUUUUUUGCCCGGUCCUAAUAGUUUGUCUUGCUUUAAUGCUUGUUUGUACAUGCCUUUAAUAGGACUCGACAGGAUGCAAAGUUUAGUGUUUUUAGGGUUGCACUGUGUUUUGGACUGUGUUGCACACCUUGGUACCAGAUUAUAGCUGUUUAAUUUUGAUUUAGUGAUUGUGUUUGUCUGCAAACCGGAAUCUGUGGUUUAAGCCUUAUUCAUUUUUGAUUCAGGUCUUCAGUACUAUUAUCAAGUGCUUCCAUUAAACAAAAACCUAAUCUUUACCUUUUAUUUAUAAGUUGGUUAUUAGCAAGCAUUUACUGAUACAUCACAAAUUAUUUUCAAAUAUAUAUUAUUUUGGCAUAAUACAAGGAUAUUUUUUCCAUAAUAUUAUAAAAUACGCUGAAUUGCUUUAGCCAGAUAUAUAUAUGUAUAUAUAUAUAUAUAUAAUAUAGAACUAUCACAUUGUAAAUUAUAUGAAGUGGUGUAAUUUAGCUGUCAAAAAGUUCAAGUAGUCACGUAACAUUAAGUGAUGAAUCACUUAAACCAAAAGAAAAUAAGAAGUUAUGAUGCAAAAAAUGGACCAAUGAAUAUGCAGGCUUGUUGUUUGUGUAAAUGCUGAGAGCUCGUGGUGAUGAAUGCAAGAAAAUACAAAAAAGAGAAUUUGUUGUUUUGUUCACUCUGUGGUUAUUCUGUUUGACGAUGUCUGGAUUAAACCAUCUGAAGUUUGUCAAUAUGUGGCUAAAGAAGUAGUUUUGUUUGUUCAGAGUCUAUAUGAUUGGUUGGUAAGAAUUAAUCUGCUGAAGUUUUCGCAAAAACAGACCGUAAAUUGUUAAUGUUUCAUAUUGUCACUCGUUGCUGUUAUUGCAGAACAUUUGCUGUACGCAACUGGUUCUGCAGGGUAAUAGUGUGGUCAUUUUGAUUUUUUUAUUUGAUAUUUUUUAUUUUUUAAAUCUUUGUUACAAUCUGUUUGUGCCUCAUAAAUUGACAUUAUGGAAGUUUGUCUGUAAUGAUAAAAUAAAAUAUAUGAAGAUAGAUAUUUGA